AUGGUUCGCAUGGCUCGGAACCUCCAGUUUUUCGCCCUGGCCACAGGGCUCUCAGGGCUCGCGGCGUCCGAAGGCGGGCGCGAGCUGGCGGUAGAGUACCUGGACAUCGACGCCACGCCGGACAUGUCCUUUUUCAACGCGGAGGCGCAGGUCGCCAGGGAUGUGGCGUCUUUCCUCAGCCUCAUGGGGGAGAAGCUGACGCCUCUGGAGCUGGCGGGCCUGCUUCAGUCCAACUUGCUCCAGUAUGAGGCCAUCUUCGGGUCCGCCAUCGCCUUUGAGCCCGACUCCUACCCUUGGAAUGCCAGCUCGGGAAGCGUUAGCGCACGGCAGCCCGGACUGGAACUUGGGGUGCUGAGUCGCGAGAACGGCUCCUUCUGGGCCAACAUGACGGAGCCCUGGUCUCUACCUCGGCGAGAGAUAUGGCCAGGAGAGCGGCGAGUGCUUUACUGCCCAUACAUGGCUCGCGGCGGUAUUCUGAUGGACCUCGCGGACGCCUAUAAUUAUUUUGAUCCCAGCACCGAGUGGUACCAUGCGCCGCGAACACAUUUCUUGACCGGUGAGGUAGACUACUUGUUGGGUAUGUGGGGGUCUCCUUACUUCGAUGAGGGGGCUGGCAACAUUGAGAUGGUGACGUACUCGGUGCCAUUCACUCGCAAGACUCCGGUGCCGAUUGUGCAGGUGCCAGAAGAGGUCGCAAAGCCAUUUGGCCUGCCGGAGAACAGAGUGCUGAAGACUCCCUCGGGGGAUCAGUAUUUGUGGGGUAUUGUAACUGUAGACAUCCAUCUGUCCCGGGUACAGUUCCGGUGCGCGCCCGGGCAAGUGUUCAACGAGCUGGCGGGUUCAUGCCAAUGGUGCCCACAGGGCACUGCGCUACGGAAUUCCUUUUGUGAGGCAUGUGAGGAGUAUGAGGAGUCUACUGAUAACCGAUUAGAGUGUCACCUCAACGGCUAUUACCUGCUCUACGCAUGGAGCUUUUGCAUUUUUGUUGCUCUUGCAACGAUUCCUCCUGGCGCAUGGAUCAAAUCUCCCUAUUUUCUGCUUCAAGCAACGCACGAGCAGGGUGGCUUAGUUCUUCACUUAUGCAACAAGCACAGCAUGCACAUGACUUCUCAACGAAUAUCGCCAGAUCAACUUCCCACGAUUCGAGUGUACAAGUCUGGGUAUGACGUUCUGGACAAGCCUUCCAAGCCGUUACGCUUCAAGAUCAGCGGUGAUUCCCAAAUCCAGCUUUGUGCAGAUGAGACCCCUGAUAUGUGCAUCUUCGGGGAGGCUUGCCAAAUCACCGGGUAUGCUCGGUUUCCUUUGUGGUGGGAGUUAUGGCACCUGACCACCCUGAGGGUUCCCAUCGUAGUGAGUUGGAUUUUGGCGCUGGUGGGUGCUCUGGCCGUGCUGGUGCUGUGGGCCUUCAGUGGAGCCAAAGUUCAGGUCGUGCUGGCUAGCCUCGGGGUUGUGCUGACUCUGUCGCUGAUGAUUUCGGUGGCCAUCCGGUGGUUCAGGGCGGCGAAUGCCUUUAGCAAGCAGAAACAACGGAUUGCACUCCUGAAGGAGAAGGAGCUGAUCCGCAGGUUGUCGGAUGCCUGUUGGAAGGCAGACCAGCGCUUGGAGCAUGACUCCAGGCUUGCGCUGGAAAAGGUUGGGUGGACUGAAACGGAUUUGGAGGAGCUGGAGAAACAUGCGAGAGCAACUCGAUAUCCCCGUUCCUCAGCCAAACCCCAAGAGGCAUCAUCAAAAUAG